CACCCCGGAGCUGCGCAUUAAGUCGGUUAAUCCUCGGCCUGGACUACACACACAGUCUCUUCGGUGUUGGACGUGCCGGAAGAAGCAUCAUGCUCCGUACUGUGUUUUCUCGGGCCCUUCCCGGACUGAGCCGGCUGUCGGUGUGUCACUACUCUGCUGCCGCCAUCCCAGCCCCCAACAUCCAGCCCGAAGUCCACUACAACAAGCUGUUUAUCAACAACCAGUGGCAGGACGCAGUGAGUGGGAAAACUUUCCCCACCAUCAACCCAGCAACCGGUGAAGUUAUCUGUCAAGUUGCAGAGGCUGAUGAGGCAGAUGUAGACAAGGCAGUGAAAGCAGCACAUAAUGCCUUCAGGCUGGGGUCACCAUGGCGACGGAUGGACGCCUCUCAUCGCGGCCUGCUGCUCAACCGACUGGCUGAUGCGAUUGAGAGAGACUCUACCUAUCUUGCCGAGCUGGAGACUCUUGACAAUGGGAAGCCAUAUGCUGUCGCCUACACUGUUGAUCUGCCCAAUGUGGUGAAGUGUCUCAGGUACUACGCAGGCUGGGCUGACAAAUGGGAGGGAAAGACCAUCCCCAUUGAUGGAGAUUAUUUCUGCUACACCAGGCAUGAGCCCAUUGGAGUCUGUGGACAGAUCAUACCGUGGAACUUCCCUCUGUUGAUGCAGGCGUGGAAACUCGGCCCUGCCCUUGCGACUGGUAACACUGUGGUGAUGAAAGUUGCAGAGCAGACUCCACUCACAGCUCUCUAUGUAGCCAGCUUGAUUAAAGAGGUGGGUUUCCCUGAAGGUGUUGUGAACAUCCUGCCAGGCAUGGGCCCAUCGGCUGGUGCUGCCAUCGCAAAGCACAUGGAUGUUGACAAGGUGGCCUUCACUGGAUCCACAGAGGUGGGUCAUCUGAUCCAGCAGGCUUCAGGCAGCAGUAACCUGAAGAAAGUCACCCUGGAGCUGGGAGGAAAGAGCCCUAAUAUCAUCCUGUCUGAUGCCAACAUGGAGGAUGCAGUGGAGCAGUCCCACUUUGCUCUGUUUUUCAACCAAGGCCAGUGUUGCUGCGCUGGCUCUCGAACCUACGUCCAGGCAGACAUCUACGAUGAGUUUGUGGAGCGCAGUGUUGAGCGAGCUAAGAGACGAGUGGUGGGAAACCCUUUUGACUUAAAGACUGAACAGGGACCUCAGGUCGAUCAGGAGCAGUUCAACAAGAUUCUGGGUUACAUCAGCAGUGGGAAGAGAGAAGGAGCCAAGCUCAUGUGUGGAGGAGGAGUGGCCGCAGACAGAGGAUACUUCAUCCAGCCUACUGUGUUUGGAGAUGUCCAGGACAACAUGACCAUUGCCAGGGAGGAGAUCUUUGGUCCAGUGAUGCAGAUCCUGAAGUUUAAAUCACUGGAGGAGGUGGUGACGAGAGCAAACGAUACUAAGUAUGGUCUGGCAGCCGCUGUGUUUACUAAGGACAUUGAUAAAGCCAACUAUGUCUCCAAUGGGCUCCGUGCUGGCACAGUCUGGAUUAACUGUUAUGACGUGUUUGGGGCUCAGGCUCCGUUUGGUGGUUACAAGGCUUCAGGUAAUGGCAGAGAGCUGGGAGAGUACGGUCUGGACAACUAUACAGAAGUCAAAACGGUGACCAUCAAGGUACCACAGAAGAAUUCAUAGAUGUGAGCUGUGAUGUGUCCACAGUACAUACCUGUUGAAGCAGGGAGGAAUCCCAUUUACUCGAGCACUGCAGACCCUUUCUUGCCAUGUUUGCUCCUAAAGCUUUCAUCUUGAGUAAAUCAAAACAGCGAAUAGAAACCUUAAAUAUAUUAUGAAGGACAUUUGACCACACCUGAUGAUGUCUCAAACACCAGAUUAUCAAAGACUCUGUUCAUAAUGAACUCUCCAUACCUUAAAUGUUCCUCCUGAUUUCAUGUAAUCAUAAAACGUUCUAUUUGUACACAGUCUCUAUUUGUAAUCUGUGGGCUCUGAGAUUUUUUAUUUUUCAGAAUAAAUGCAUUUGAAGCACUCA